AUGGAAUGUGGAGCAGGUAGCCACUUGAAAACCCACGAUUUUCUUCAACCGUUAGAAUGUGUUGGUGCUAAAGAAGAUACAAGUAGGGUUAACACUACGACUUCAGCGUCCGAGAAGCCACCGCCGCCUGCACCACCUCCACCACUGGAGCAUGUGCUUCCCGGUGGUAUAGGAACCUACACAAUCAGCCCUAUUCCUUACUUUCAUCAUCAUCAUCAGAGAAUUCCUAAGCCCGAGUUGUCACCACCGAUGAUGUUCACUGCUGCUGCGCAAGCGAGUGGUGGUAAUGAGAGAAACGUCGUGGAGGAGAAUUCAAACGCUAACUGCAGCUCGUACGCUGCUGCGGCAAGCGGGUUUACGCUGUGGGAUGAAUCUGGUUCUGGGAAGAAGGGACAGACAAGGAAGGAGAAUAAUGUUGGGGAGAGAGCAAACAUGAGAGCUGAUGUUGCAACUGCUAUGAGACAAUGGCCAGUGGUGGAACGACAGUCCCAAUCUUUGACGAAUAACCAUUUGAGCGGUUUUAGUUCUCGCUCAGGGUCUGUACUCAAGAGCCAGAGCUUCAUGGACAUGAUAAGAUCAGCGAAAGGAAGUUCACAGGACGAUGAUUUAGAUGAUGAAGAAGAUUUCCUCAUGAAGAAAGAAAGCUCAUCCACUAGCCAGAGCCAUAGAGUGGAUCAGAGAGUAAAAUCAGACGCGAGAGGCUCUGGUAACGAUCAAAAGCUGAACACGCCUAGGUCUAAACAUUCUGCUACUGAGCAACGGAGGAGGAGCAAGAUCAAUGAUAGAUUUCAAAUGUUGAGACAACUAAUACCCAACAGCGACCAAAAAAGGGACAAGGCCUCCUUCUUGCUGGAGGUUAUCGAGUAUAUUCAGUUCUUACAAGAGAAAGCAAAUAAGUAUGAGACUCCGUACCAAGGAUGGAAUCACGAACCUGCGAAGCUAUUGAAUUGGCAGAGAAACAACCAACAGCUAGUACCUGAAGGAACCGUUGCUUUUGCUCCAAAAUUGGAAGAAGAGAAGAACAACAUUCCCGUUUCGGUCCUCGCAACAGCACAAGGCGGUGUUAUUGAUCAUCCAGAAACACUGAACCGAGCAAUGCCAACGACCGCUCCGUUUCCUAUGUCAGUUCAAAGCAACAGUUUGUUCUCUGCUGUAAUUGCGGGUAACCCCGUAACUCAGCUCCACACAAGAGUCGCAUCAGAAACCGUAGAGCCAAGCCUGAGUUCUCGGAGUCGGACUCAGCCAUUGAAAGAAGAAGAAGAAGGGGAUGAGGAAGUUCAUGAGGGUAACAUCAGUAUAUCAAGUGUUUACUCACAAGGAUUAGUUAAAACACUAAGAGAAGCAUUGGAGAAUUCAGGAGUGGACUUAACGAAAGCAAGCAUCUCUGUUGAAAUCGAGCUUGCUAAACAAUCCUCUUCUUUCAAGGAUCAUGAAGUUCGCGAACCGAUUUCUCGAACCGGAAACGACGACGUCAAGCAAACUCGGAAACCAAAACGGCUCAAGACGAACAAUAGAAGUUAA